CACGAUAGGAAUGCUUCUUGUGUACAUGCAUGACCAGUUUGCACCUGGAUUUCGACAUGUUCGCCAUUCUUUUGGUCUGCUUCCUACUCGGAGGCGCUGCGGGCUCUGCAAUCGAAGGACGGGUUGUGGGCGGUAAUGACCAGCUCAUCCGGAACGCCCCCUGGCAGGUUUCCAUUCAGAUCAGCGCACGUCACGAGUGCGGUGGAGUCAUCUACAGCAAGGAGAUUGUCAUUACGGCCGGACACUGUGUGAACGGCAAGUCAGUGACCUUGAUGAAAGUCCGUGUUGGAGCGGAACAUCAUAACUAUGGCGGAACCCUAGUACCAGUGGCGGCGUACAAAGUACACGAGCAGUUUGAAUCCGAGUAUCUGCAUUUUGACAUUGCUGUCCUGCGUCUUUCCACGCCCCUCACAUUGGGCCUCUCCGUCAGAGCCAUCAAUCUGGCCAAGGAGAGUCCCACUGCAGGCGAAGUAGCCACCGUCACCGGCUGGGGUUACACGAGUCCGGAUGGAGCGCUAGCCGACGACCUACAAACCGUCCAGCUGCAGAUCAUCGAACGCGGAGAAUGCGCCUCGGACAAGUACGGAUAUGGCUGGGACUUUGUGGGCGAGGAAACCAUCUGCGCAUCCAAUGCGGUUGGAGAUUCCUGCACAGGUGACGCCGGAGGACCAAUGGUAGCCAACAAAGUUCUGGUUGGCAUCGUUUCUUGGGGCUAUACGUGUGCGGAUGAAAACUACCCGAGCGUCUAUGCGGAUGUGGCCAAACUUCGAACUUGGAUAGUUAAAGCUGCCAAUGCUAUUUAACAAAAUUGUACAAAUUGUGCUAAAAAAAAUAAAACAAGUCGCCCCCCAGGUGGAAUCGAACCACUUCGACGCUAAUCGACUACGGAUUUGAAGUCCGCACCCCGGACCACCGAAGCUCAGUGGGGCAAUUUCAUUGUUCAUAUUUCCCCAUUUAAAUAAAGAGUGUGCUGAAAAAGCACUUGAGAAUUAUUAGAAUUGUCUAAA